AUGACCAGAGCAAUGACGCUUUCGAAGGGGGUGAAGAUCGAUCAUGGAAAGAAGUCGAUCGGUGCUCUGGAUUACCGGAUAAUUCCGCCCGAUCGUCUAACCGGAUGCGUUAAUGUGGGCUGUGAACACUCCCUUGACGAUAGGGUCGGGAAACGUGGAGCUCUUACGGAGGGAGUUUCCGGGCUUUUGAGAGAGGAGAAAUCGAAGAUACUCGGAAGCGGCAGCUUCGGAGACGUUUAUCUGGUCGAGUACAGCAGAGAUCACGGAAGCUACGCAUUAAAAAUUCAAGACAAAAGCCAGUACGACGAUCCUCGUGAGCGUGCUGGAGUUAUCCGAGAGAAGAAACUCAUGCACGCGAUGCAAAGUGACUUCGUCGUCAAGCUCUUCUUCGCCUUCCAAGACGAUACGGAUCUCUAUCUGGUAAUGCCAUUCGCGAAAUAUGGCGAUUUCAGCAGAUUCAAAGGAAAGUCCCUCCCGGAAGGAUUUGUGAAGCUCUAUGCAGCCCAACUCGUUCUAGCAGUCGAGUACAUACACUCAUGCAGAAUUAUCCACCGGGAUUUGAAACCGGCAAAUGUUUUUAUAUUCGAAGACAAGUACCUGAAACUCGGGGAUUUCGGUGUUUCCAAGAAAGUUCUGGACCGAACCUCAACGUUUGUCGGACCCCCAGCCUACAUGGCGCCGGAGAUCAUAAAGAGAGAAGAGUACGGGAAACAAGUCGAUUGGUGGGGUUUCGGACUUUUCAUUUAUGAGUUGAUUUUCGGAACGCACCCCUUCUCGGAACCGGAUUGGGAAAGAAUGCAAAUCAUGGACGCAAUCGUUCAAAAUGAUGUGAUCCUCCCUGUCCGCGAAGACCUUGAUCCUCCAGUGUAUGAUUUAGUGCUUCGCUUGCUCGAGAAAGACAAAACUAAACGGCUCGGCACGCUCAAGAAUUCCUCCGAUGAUGUAAAGCUUCAUCAGUGGUUCAGCGACAUCUCCUUCAUAGAUGUGCUCAACAAGAAGAUAUCCGUGGUAUUGAAGCUUGAUCCUGUGAUACCUCAAGUUGUCGAGCUGGGGGACUCCCAAGAGGGGAAAUCCGAUGAAUGCCUCAAUUUUUUCGAAGGAGCCGAGCCGGCGAAGACAACGAAGGCAAGAGCGAACGAGACUCGAAUAGUACGCGUCAUGGAGCAAUGCGAAGCUCUCGAAGAUUACGAGAAGUUCCUGAAGUGUGCAGGGGCUCGGAUGGAUUCGAGGUUCAAACACAGCAAACCACCUACGGAAGAGAUCGGAAACUUUGCAGUCGAGGGUCGCCUCGCUACCGGACUUUUUGCUGAAGUCUACCUGGUGAAGUACCGCAAAGAUCGAAAUUCCUACGCGUUGAAAGUCAGAGCCAGGGCUAACGACACGGAGAGUGACGCAAGGAAAACUGCGCGGGAGAAGAAAUUGCUGAACGCCAUGGAGUCGGACUUCGUGGUGAAAGUGUUCUUCGGAUUCAAAGACGCGAGGAACUCAUAUCUGGUCAUCGAGCACGCGCUGUACGGGGAUUUGACCGCGUUCCUCGGAAGACAUCUGCCGGAAGACAUCCUGAAACAUUUUUCCGCUCAAAUAAUCCUAGCGAUCGAGUACUUGCACGCUUGCAGGAUAAUUCAUCACGACCUGUCGCUAGAGAAUGUCUUAAUAUUCAAAGACUUUUACAUCAAACUCGGAGGCUUCAGGCUCGCCUCCAAGGUUCAGAGUAAAACUUCCGGUCUCAUCGGGGAUCCUCAGCUCCACGCUCCAGAGGUGUUCCUGCGGACGGGAUACGGAAAAGAAAACGAUUGGUGGACGCUUGGCGUGAUGCUCUACCGUCUCGUUUUCCGAGAACAUCCUUUCUUCGAUGCUGGGUCGACCAAGCUGGAAGUAAUCUCCGGAAUAUUGUCCGCUCCCUUAGUCUUCCCAGAACACGAUGACUUCAGCGAUGAUUCGCUCUUCUGCGACCUCUUGGAACGCUUACUCGAAAGAGAAGUCACGAAACGACUCGGUGCGUCCGAAGGCGGCGCUGAUGAUGUCAAACGACACCGAUGGUUCAACGGAAUCUCUUUCGCAGAAGUUCUCGCAAAGAAGAGAAAAGUAUUUUCGAAUCUGCCGCCCAAGCAAGCCAUUGAAUUGAAGACAUACGAUUUCCUCCCUCGUGAAGCACAUGUCGAUCCGGGAGCGGAUAAUCCUCCCCGAGCUUCGUUCGUCGCGCGUCUCGAAGGAGUAGAAUCCGCUCUCGAGGAAAGAUACAGAGCGAACGAGUGUCCGAAGGAGGACCCGAGACUCUUCAAAGUUCUAGGCUUACUCGGAUCGGGCGUCUUUGGCGAAGUCUACCAAGUCGAGAAGGUCGGAGACGGGAGACUCUACGCACUCAAAUCCACGGCAAAACUGUUCGAUGUGGAAGCCGAGCGACGCACGAGACCGAUCAGUGAGAAGAAACUAUUGUAUGCGAUGCAGCACGCUUUCGUCUUGAGGGCGUGUUUCGCAGCUCAGAACAUCGGUCAUUUGUUCCUGAUUACGGAAUUCGCAAGGUAUGGCGAUUUUCGUCGGUUGCUGACGAUGGAUUUAAGAGACUCGGUGAUAAAGUUGCACAUGGCUCAACUCGUACUGGCGCUAGAGUACAUCCAUGCUUGCAAAAUUGUACACCGCAGCAUAACACCGGAUAAUGUAUUGGUUUUCGAAGAUCUCUAUCUAAAGUUGGGAGACUUUGGAAAUGCGAAGAGGCUGAGACUGCGAACGACGUCAUUCAUUGGCCCGAUUGGAAUUAUGGCGCCGGAGAUGAUCAAGAGGGACGAAUAUGGAACUGAGGUCGAUUGGUGGGCUCUGGGCGUCUUCUUCUUUGAAGUCGUCUUCGGGACGCAUCCCUUCGAUGUCUCUCAUGACGGGGAAAUCGGGAUCGCCGAAGCAAUACUGAGGAAAGAUGUGAAAAUCCCGAAAGAUAGAAUUAUCGCUCCGAUGUUAUCCGACCUCAUACUCCGAUUGCUCGAAAGGGACAGAAGCAAACGCCUCGGUGGCCUCGAAGGAGGGGCGGAAGACCUCAUGCGACACGAGUGGUUCACCGACAUAUCUUUCCGCAAACUCCUGAAGAAAGAGAUCCCGAUAGAGAUUCCCGGACUCGUUCCCGUACAGCCUGAACCCUGUCCCCGAUUUGUCUACGAAAGCGAUGAUGGUGCCGACCGCCUUCCAGCGAAUGUCAGUGUUUUCGAAGAGUUCUGA